AUGAAGAGCUUGUGGCAGAUUUUUCUCCUAUGGGUCUUCUGGGUGCUCAUCUUGUGGCUGAUGGUCCCCUGCCUGGAUCUGAAACCUGAAUCAGCACGCCAGGAAAAACUGAUGAAUGUGGCACCAUGGUGGUGUAGCUGCCCUUGGUUCAAAUUCAGGAAAUGUGGCUGCCCACCUGGGACCCUCAACUGCUCUCUCUGCCACCACACAGUCAGAGGGAACUGGUUUGAUGCAUGCUACGAGAAGACGAUGGGGUACCUGACGGGAGCAACAGAGUCCACAAGCCCUGACGCUGUCCUCUGGGGGUCGGGCACCUCCCAUCUUCACAGCCUCAACCAGAUGGAGGUCUCACCCACUCAGGGCUGCUUUCCUUCCACUGGGAGAUGCUCCCUGGGUCCCAGCCCACAGUCUCCUCCCUCCUGCUGUUUUCAGGGCAGGAACUCAGCACAUGAGCUAGGCAAAGUGUGGAAGAAGCUGUCCAAGGUGAUUCCCAGACUCUCAGUGAGCCAUUUUGAUCUCUUCUGUGGGACUUGUGCAUUGGUGAGGAACUCGAAGAUCCUGCGGGCUGCCAGCCCCGGCAACAAUGUCAACCAACACACCAUGAUCUCCAGGAGUGACAGAGCCCAGGGUUCCUGGAGACAGCUGGCGCUGCUGUUGCUGAAGCUUUUUGAUCUGGCAUGGACUUCAGAUGCUCUGAGUGAGGAAAUUUUGGAAGAUGGUCCAGUUCUCUAG